AUGGGCGAUUAUGUAUCGCCCACCGCUCCUCUUCCUCCUCCGCAACAGCCAGGCUUUGAUUUUCAGCCGUGGCCAGCCGCCGUUGACGAUGGCACCAUGAGCCUCGGUACAGCAUCGCCGAGCUCGCUCAUGUCACCUGUGAUGCAGAGCUACGAGAUGGUUGCCAGCCCGACGGGAUCUGGAAUUGAUGAGUCGAGCAUGGGGAUGUAUGGAGGUGCGUCGGUGGAAAACUGGCAGUUGCCACCGCAACCGCCGUCUAGAACCGACAGCAUGGAGAUGGGAACCAGCAGCCCAGGCGGUGGUGGAAAGCGGGCGAAACAGUACGCCGAGCAGAGCGGCGCAUCACCGGUUACUGUAGCACCUAAGUCUGGUGCCGGUAACAGUACCACCACCGCUGCAAAGACGAAGCUACGCAGCGCCUCGAGAACGUCGAAGAAUAUGCAAACUCGUACCGAGGAAACCCCUCAGGAGCGCAAGUCUAGGAACUCGCACAAUCUGGUUGAGAAGCAGUAUCGGAACAGGCUGAACAUGCAGUUUGAGAUAUUGAUGAACACGCUCCCUGAAUCGAUGCGCUCGCCGACCACGACUGCUUCGGGGGCGGAUUCGGAUGUCGGACAGGCUGGUGGUGGUCAAGGGGGGGCCGGGUUGGACUUGGGGGAGAGGAGGUUGAGUAAAGCGCAGGUGUUGGACAUGUCGACGAGGUAUAUACGGUCGUUGGAGAAGGAGAGGGAGAAGCUGGAGAGGGAGAGGGAGGAGCUGCUGUUGGGGAUGGCCAAGAUGAGGGAGGCGUAUGAGAAGGACGGGACGUCCGGGCCCGGUUCGGGGACGGGAGGUGGGAAGGGGAAGGGCGCUGCUGGUUGA